AGUUUAAUAAUUUUGUAUUGUCAUAAGAUAAAAAUGUUUUAAAUAUCAAUUGUCAUUCUGAUUACAUAAAAACUUAGUUGAAACCAGUCGUGUUCAAUUUUUUACUAUUUUAUUAUAGUCCUGCCGUAAACAACUUAUUGAAUCAUGACGUCUCAGGAAACCGUACAAAUUCUCAUUGACAUGGGUUUCCAGAAAGAAAAAGCCGAAAAGAGUGUUUCAAUGACUGGAAAUCAAGGUGUCGAACCUGCAAUGGAGUGGUUAUUGGCACACAAUGAUGAUGAAAUGGGACCAUCAACUUCUCAAGAAGGUUCUACUUCAAACACAAAGUCAGAAACUAAUACCUCAUCUGCAACAGUAGCUAAAUCAUACAAAUGUGAAGACUGUAACAAAUUAUUUGCUGAUACUACUGCACUAGAAUAUCAUGCCAUGAAAUCAGGUCAUAGCAAUUUCGCAGAAUCCACAGAAGAAAAGAAACCGUUAACUGAAGAUGAAAAAAAAGAACAAAUGAAAAAAUUGGAAGAACGUUUGAAAGAAAAACGUAAGGAACGCGAAGCUAAAGAAAAAGAAGAAGAACUAGAAAGAGAAAAAAUUAGAAUUCGCUCUGGAAAAGAGAUGGCUGCUGCUAAAAAAAAGCUUGAAGAUGAAAACAUAAAAAAAAUUAUGGAUGAAAGAAAACGUGAAAAACAAGAAGAAAAAGUUGCUCGUGAUCGAGUAAAAGCUCAAAUAGAAGCAGAUAAAUUAGCUAGGAAAAAAUUGUAUGGUCAAGCUUCAGCAGGAGAACAACCAAAACCAGUUUUACCAGUAGCUGUUAGUCCUCAGAAACAAACAAAGGAUUAUACGGAAACAAAAUUACAGAUUCGUCUUACAAAUGGUCAAACAAUUGUUCAAACAUUUAAUGUUAAAGAAAUGAUGGCUGCUGUAAGAGUUUAUAUUGAACUAAACCGUUCUGAUGGGGAUGCUCCCUUUUGUCUCAUGACUAGUUUUCCAAGGAAAGUUUUUACUAAUGAUGAUUAUGAAAAACCACUUGAUCAAUUAGGUUUGGUACCAAGUGCUGUUUUAAUAUUGACUAAGCCACAACAAUAAAAAUAAUAAUUAUUAUUUUUGAAAUAUCUAUCUUCUGAAUUUUUUAUAAUAAAUCAAGUUUUUUUUGUAUGCACAAUGAAACUGAUUGGUUAAUUAUUUACUGUAAUAUACAAUACCUAUGGAUUAAAAAUAGUUUUUAAAAUAAAUUACCAUAAAGGUAAAUAAACAUUUUCAUUAUUAAGUUUUGUUA